CGUAGUUCUGUAAAUUUUGUUCUAGGAGCAAACAAGAAAAAAUAUUUUAGUAGUCAAAAUUAACGAGAUAUAAAAAGAAAUUUUAGCAAAACAAUUUAUUUUAGCUAUUUUAAUUUAAAAUAUAGUUAAUUUUAGAGUGUUAUAGUAGAAAAUUAAUUAAAUAUGGGUAACGAGACUUCUUUACCCAUGGAGAUGUGCUCCAACUUUGAUGCCGAUGAAAUUCGUCGUCUCGGCAAACGUUUUCGUAAAUUGGAUUUGGAUAAUUCGGGUGCAUUAAGUGUAGAUGAAUUUAUGUCAUUACCAGAAUUACAACAAAAUCCAUUGGUACAGCGUGUUAUCGAUAUAUUUGAUGCCGAUGGAAAUGGUGAAGUAGAUUUUAAAGAGUUUAUUCAAGGUGUAUCACAAUUUAGUGUUAAAGGUGAUAAACUAUCAAAAUUACGGUUCGCAUUUCGUAUCUAUGAUAUGGAUAAUGAUGGUUACAUAUCAAAUGGUGAACUGUUUCAGGUGCUUAAAAUGAUGGUAGGUAAUAAUCUUAAAGAUACACAACUUCAACAAAUUGUAGAUAAAACAAUUUGUUUUGCCGAUAAAGAUGGAGAUGGUAAAAUUUCCUUUGAUGAAUUUUGUUCGGUUGUCGGUAAUACAGAUAUUCACAAGAAAAUGGUUGUUGAUGUUUAAGUUUCAAUUAUAUAUAUAUGUAUGUAUAUAUAUAAUUAAUAAAUUAAUUAAAAUAUUUUAUAUUUUUUUAAAUUUUUAAACAAUUUUUUCAUUUUAUAUUUCAUAAAAAAUAAAGUAACAAAAAAAAAGAGAAUAUUAUUAUUUUUCUUUCUUCUUUCUUUAUCUUUUAAUAAUAUAUUUUUCGUUAUUUUUUUUUAUGAAUCAAUUUUAUUAAAAAAAAAAAACCUUUUAUGACUACUUAAAAAAUAUUAAAUUAUAUAUACCUAUUAAUAUAUUAAAAUAAAAUAUCUUUUUUAUUAUUAUUAUAAUUAUAUUAAAAAAAAUAAUUAUAAAUUAAAAAAAUUCACAAAAAAUGUGAAAUAUAUAAAAAGAAAAAUUAAAAAAAAAAUAAAUAAAUAAAUUUAUAAAUGAAAAAAAAAAACUAAAACAAAAAAAGAAAAAACUCUAUAUAUUUUCUUUUCCUUUUUAUACUAUCUAAAAACAAAUAAAUAAAUUAUAUAUUAAAAAAAACACAAAAAAAAGAUAUAAAAAAAGCAAAGCAAAAAAUAAAUUGAAAAAAAAAUUGUAUCUAUCUACCUUAAAUUUAAAUUUAAAAUUAAUAUUAAAGAGAAUUAAAUGAAUAAAAAUAAUGAUAUUUAAUUUUAAGACAAAAACAAAAAUUUAUUUAAAAUAAAAAAAAACAAAACAUAAUUAUAAAUUAUUAUAAAAGUAAUAAUAAUAAAUAUUAAUAAACAAUGAAAGCAAAACAAUUGUUAUCAUCAUACAUCUCUGUUUCUCUUUUGAUAUAAAAAUAAUAUUAGCAGAUCAAAUAAGUAAAAAAAAACAAAACGUGCAUAAAUUUUACAUUAACAUUCAAAAUAAAAUAAAUACCAUUUGCAUUAGAUAAAAUAAUUGAAAAGAAAAAAAAAAUAAGUUAAAAAUAAAUUAUAAAUUACAAAAAAAAAACAAAAUUAUUGAAAUAUAAAAAUACACAAAUAAAACAAAAAAAAAAAACAGAUUAUGUAAAAUUAAUUUAAUUAAAAGCGGAAAUAAUUUUAAAAAAAAAAUUCAAAACAAAAAAAAAUAUGUAAAUUUUAAUAUUAAAAAAUAAAUAAAGAAAAUAUUUUAUAGCCUUAAAAAUUCUAAAUAAAUAAAUUUCUCAAAAAUACAAAAAUAUCUUUAAAUAAA